AUUAAGAGCCCCUCAGAGUAUAUCGCUUUUCUGAUACAUCGCAAAACAACGAAAAGAAACGACAUGAGAGCUUCCAGGUCUCAAAUCAUCCCUUGACACCGUUGGGAUUAUAUGUCAAAAUGGCUGUGCGUCGUAGGACGAGCUACCGAGAGAGCGAAUCGCAAGAUGAGAUACACCAAAAGAAGCAAUUUUUGAGAGGGGGUUUAUGGGAACCAACCAAUCGCAACGGCUGAGGAUGUCCGCUUUUAUGACAAGGGCUGAACAAACAACUCCUGUGAUUCCUCCCUUUGCUCCUGAGGUUCGGAGCACUGCUACGAACCCUCACAGUCGGAUUCGCUGAAAACAUGUAGGAAGACGACGAAUAAAAGAUUGGCUACUUAUGGCUACUCAUCUCACUCGAAGGCUUCGAUCAGAGUAACGAAAGAUGUUAUUAUUAAGAAUAUUUACUAUGAUUCUCAACAGACACUUAUCCACGCUUCGCGAACGGCCGGCCAUUACGGAUGACCACAUGAGCCCGGUACUACAGAUUCUCACGUGGCUGUUCUUGUCGUUCGUGAUACUCUCAGUCGCCACUCAGCUUGUAAUGAAGAGGGCGAUUAUGAGACACCUGGGGGCCUCCGAUAUGGUCUUGUUCGUCGCACUUGUUCUCACCGUCGGCCAGAUGUCGUCGAUACUCAGCCCCCCCGGGCAGAACAUAGGCAACAUCCCAUCGGGACUGACGACAUCUGAAGUAGACGCUACGUUCAAGGCAUUGUACAGCGGUGAUAUACUCGGCAUCUCUUCACUUGCUGCGGUUAAGGGCUCGGUUCUCAUGGCCCUUUACGCUAUCACGCCGCGAUCCGAACAUCGCACUGUGAUAGCCACCACGGGGGCACUCGUGGUUACUUGGUUAUUUGCAAGCAGCUUUGCGUUGGGCUUCCAGUGUCCCUGGCCUCAACGAUGGAAUAUACAGAACACGAUGUGUAGCAAUAUACAUCUUACGAGGACGGUUAUCGUCAGUUUCAAUAUUAUAACUGAUGUAUUCCUCAUAGCCAUCCCAUCUCUGAUUGUCAUCCCGACAAAGAUGAGCUGGGACCACAGAGUCACAAUACUACUAGGCUUUUGGUCACGAAUUGGAGCUAUUGCAGCUUCAGCCGUGCAUCUGUAUUAUAUACGUGUCCUUGUCUUGGAUGAUAGCGUGCUGAAAAAUAUAUGGAGGGCUACACUCGCCGCAGAAGUUGUUCAGGUAUCAAGUGUUAUGACUGCAUGUAUUCCUUUCCUAAAACCCUUCUUGAUAAGCUUGGAGUCGGGGUUCCUGCGCGCGGACGAUAUGAACCGUCGCUUUGAAGGCAGUAACGACAGCAGCAGGGCUACAGGAGGGAAAAUUUCUAUUAAAUGGACAUCAAGCUAUAUAAGGAUUAAGAAUCAACGACGCACUGGUGGAUCUGCGGAGCUUCGUACAUUAUCAAGGAAUAAUAUGAGCACGGUGGUUUGAACAAAGACAACUCAAAGACCAUAGACAUAUUCUUAGACUAUUAUCUAAUAAACGAGUUAGAAAA